CUCACGUGCGCGCGCACUCCCUCUCUCUCUCUCUCUCUUUGUCUUUCUCACGAUGUUUCCAACCCACCACCCACCCUCAGGUGAGAAAGCAAGGCUGUAAAGCAUCUCUCACACAUUUAUGUUUGUGUUCCCAGUCUGUAACUUCGUUUUCAUUAUAAACAAACAAAAAGUUAGUCCAGGUGACGUUUACGUCAAUUCGGGGAAUGAUAUAGCGUCUUCGGUCAAAGUUAAUUGACUUUCCCUGGAGCUGCAGGGAAGUUGAAUUUGUUUUUUUUUGUUUUUUUUUUGGCGUUUCUUCCGCGCCGAGCAAGAUUGCGCGUAAAUCGCAGCGCGAGGCGCGCCCGGUGCUGUCGAGACUGGGCGUCAGAGCGCGGGUGAUCGCCACGGGCGUGCUGGGUGUUGUCAUGGUGCUGGUGCUGGUUAUUCUCAUCCCGGUGCUGGUCAACGCGGCGGGAUCCGACCCGCGCUACGAGAUGCUCGGCGCGUGCCGCAUGGUGUGCGAUCCGUACGGAACAAAGUCUCCAUCAUCAGCACCGACAGACAACCGCUUGGUUCAGUCCCCACCAACUUUCAUUCGCGGUGCGAAAGGAGAGCAAGGGCGCUCGGGAAGGAUCGGUCCGAGGGGUCAACCUGGUCCGCCGGGUCCACCCGGACCUCCAGGUCCACCUGGGGUCAUCGGGGAACCGGGGCCACCAGGAUUACCCGGUCCGCCCGGAGUCACCGGUGUCAUAAGUGCGGCGACGUACAGCACCGUGCCCAAAAUCGCCUUCUACGCGGGACUCAAAAAACAACACGAGGGCUACGAGGUGCUGAAGUUUGACGAUGUGGUCACUAACCUGGGCAAUCACUAUGACCCCACCAGCGGUAAAUUCACCUGCUCCAUCCCAGGGAUCUACUUUUUCGUGUAUCACGUAUUAAUGAGAGGAGGUGACGGGACCAGCAUGUGGGCUGAUCUGUGCAAGAAUAACCAGGUGCGCGCCAGUGCAAUAGCGCAGGAUGCAGAUCAGAACUAUGACUACGCCAGCAACAGCGUGAUUUUACACCUGGAGCCUGGAGAUGAGAUCUACAUUAAACUAGACGGAGGCAAAGCGCACGGAGGAAACAACAACAAAUACAGCACGUUUUCAGGCUUCAUGGUCUACGCCGAUUAACGGCCGUGGCACGGACCGCACUUUUCAUUUCUGACAUCCCAACGUCAUCAGAGCGAGGUCACAAAAAAAGUUUAACCCUCAAGCUUUUGACAACUCAUCAGCGCAGAGGACUAAAAACAACCGAACGUCCGAGCGGAAAUAACUGAACGGCUGCACAUCUCGAAGCAUGAGAACACAUCCACACACAAAUUAGUUUUUAGAAAAAUCACUGUGAUUUAGAAAAAAACAUCUUACAGCGUAACACCGAUGAUUGUAGUAUGUUUAUUGGGAGAUUAAUUGGACGUGAAAGCAGAAAAUCGUUUAACAUCAUUCCAUAUGUGCCUACCUUACAUGGACACAUGGCUGAUCAGAAGAGGCUGUUACAGAGCACCCGCCAUUAGCACGGAUGUAUAGUUCAGAUUACAUUUUAUGAGUCAUUUCUCUGUCUGCGCACACACGUUGUCGCAUUCAAGCCGCAGUUCUGUACCGUUUUACAUAAAUGUCUUCAUUUAAAAAUAUGAUCGCCGUCUGGUAUAUGCAGUGUCAUCAAAAAAUUGUGAAUAAAAUAUAUUGUAUGAUUUGCAUGCGUGUAUAAA